UCCUCUCCCAGAGCCAAUCCACCCCGAGGCGAGCACCGCUGCGCCCCGGCUCUCUGCGCUGAGCUGCACACGCCGCCCGGACUGACGGCUUUCAGACUGGAACCAGCGCCAGGAGACGCCAGAGAAAGGCGGAGGUUGCUUUGAGUCGGUGACUCUGUUUAAAUGGGAUGAAAGGAGGCGGAGGAGACGGCGUUCCUGGCUUUUCCUCCGCAGAAGAGCGGCAGUAGCUGGCAGAACCCGCCGCCUUGUCCCAGCGGAGCCUCUUUUUGUUUAGGGGAAACUAAACUCACAGAGAAAGGGAGCGGCGGCGCGCUUUCCCCGCGCCCGGACACUCGCAGGAGGGAGGGGGGGCAUGCUCAGGCAGUCUGUGGCUGGCGGGCUUGGUGGACGGUGCGGGGUUGGGCUGCGAUGAGGAGGGAGACCAGCGGCGGCACGCCAGACGGAGGCAGCGAAAGCUAAGAGCUCAGCGAAGACCCAGCGGUAAAGCACAUGCAGUUCACAGAGGCUGCAGCAGAGGGCAGUAACCCCAGUGAGCAUAGAUCAGUCACAUGACCCUGUCACUGGUCUGCAGCGCCGUCAGGUGAACGUCUAAAGAAGGCACUGAACCUCCCUCUGCUCCCAGCUUUACCCCCUCGUCGUCAUCUCUCUUGCCUCUACAUGUGAUUCCUUCUGUCUCAUUUGUAUUUCUCUUUCCUGAUCUACCUCUUCACAUCCUCUCCCUCCCUCUCGUACUCGUCCCUCCCUCCCUCCCUCUCCACUCCUCUGGCAGGCUGCUCAUUGCGGUGAGUCAGUAUCAUGGAGGCAGGCAGCGGGGCUGCUGCAGCGGUGGGGAGUGCAGCACUGGGACUGCUGGGAGCCACAGCCACGUCCAGCCAUGACAUCUUGGACAGGAGCCUGAGGCCAGGCCGUCACAUAGAGGACGAUAACAUCGUGCCUGAACUUGCUCACAUCCAUCCCAGAGAGAGACCCGACUGGGAGGAGACCAUCAGUGCCAUGAGUUCAGAUGACAGCUUGGAUUCACGUUUCCAUUAUCAGUUUCUUUCUCAUGCACGAAGCGCAGAGAUUCCUGAACUCAGGGCGGAGCCCCUCAUGCGCUCCAGCAGCAGCAGUACAGCCAGCAUGAAGGUUAAAAAUGUCAAAAAACUUUCCUUCACCAAGGGUCACUUCCCAAAACUGGCAGAGUGUGCCCACUUCCACUAUGAAAAUGUUGAUUUUGGCACAAUCCAGUUGUCCCUUGGAGAUGAACAGUGUGAAGUGACACGGAACGGCUACGAGUCCAAAGAGCUGGUGUACCUGGUUCAUAUUUUCUGCCAGGGCCGGAGCUGGAUUGUGAAGCGCAGCUAUGAGGAUUUCCGUGUUCUGGACAAGCACCUCCAUCUCUGCAUCUAUGACCGUCGCUUCUCCCAGCUGCCCGAGCUGCCUCGACUGGAGAGUCUGACUGAUCAGACGGAGUCGGUCUCCCAGAUGUUGUUGGCUUACCUCUCACGACUCUCAGCUAUUGCUGACAACAAGAUUAACUGUGGCCCCGCCCUCACAUGGAUGGAGGUUGAUAAUAAGGGGAAUCAUCUGCUGGUUCAUGAAGAGUCCUCCAUCAACGUGCCGGCGAUCGCUGCUGCUCAUGUCAUUAAGCGCUACAACGCUCAGGCCUCAGACGAGCUGUCAUUUGAGGUCGGGGAUAUCGUGUCUGUGAUUGAUAUGCCCCCUAAAGAGGACACCACGUGGUGGAGGGGCAAGCAUGGCUUUCAGGUCGGCUUCUUUCCCAGCGAGUGCGUAGAGCUCAUAAAUGACAAAGUGCCACAAUCUAUGACCAACUCUGUGCCAAAACCAGCCUCCCCCUCCUCUGGCCUGCAGCCUGCUUCAUGGAGUCUCUUCCCCCCCUACUUGGAGAUGGAGAGUGUAAUGCCGGACAGUGCAUGGGUGGCCGACCCGCUAAACCACUACAGCCUGAGUUCAGUAUCUAAGAAGCACGGGAAACUGAUCACCUUCUUGCGUUCCUUCAUGAAGUCCAGGCCCACGAAGCAAAAGCUGAAGCAGCGAGGGAUCCUCCGGGAAAGGGUGUUUGGUUGUGAUCUGGGUGAACACCUCCUCAACUCAGGACAUGAUGUGCCCCAAGUCCUCAAGAGCUGCACAGAGUUCAUUGAGAAGCACGGCGUGGUGGACGGCAUUUACCGCCUCUCUGGGAUUGCUUCAAAUAUCCAGAAAUUGAGGCAUGAGUUUGACUCGGAGCAGAUCCCGGAUCUGACUAAAGAUGUCUACAUCCAGGACAUCCACUGUGUGGGCUCGCUGUGCAAGCUCUACUUCAGAGAGCUCCCCAACCCGCUGCUCACCUACCAGCUCUAUGAGAAGUUCUCUGAGGCCGUAUCAGCAGCGACGGAUGAGGAGCGCCUCAUCAAGAUCCAUGAUGUCAUUCAGCAGCUUCCUCCGCCACAUUACAGGACCCUGGAGUUCCUAAUGAGACACCUGUCCCACCUGGCAGCGUUCAGCUACAUCACCAACAUGCACACAAAAAACCUGGCUAUAGUCUGGGCCCCCAACCUGCUGCGGUCCAAGCAGAUAGAAUCUGCCUGCUUCAGCGGCACAGCAGCCUUCAUGGAAGUACGAAUUCAGUCUGUAGUGGUGGAGUUCAUCCUCAACCAUGUUGAUGUGCUCUUCAGCACCAAGCUCAGCACGCUGAUAAGAGAGGGCACAGGACACAACUCCUUAUCCCGACCUAAAUCCCUGCUGGUCUCAUCACCUUCCACCAAACUCCUGAGCUUGGAGGAGGCCCAGGCCAGGACACAGGCUCAGAUCAACUCUCCUGUGACUGAAGACAGCAAGUACAUUGAGGUGGGCGAAGGUCCAGCAGCCCUGCAGGGAAAGUUUCACACAGUCAUCGAGUUUCCCACUGAGAGGAAAAGGCCCCCUAUCAAAUCCAAAAAAUCUCCUGUGGGUAGUUGGCGCUCUUUUUUCAACCUUGGCAAAUCGUCUUCGAUGUCCAAACGUAAACUGCAACGUAACCCCAGUGAGCCCAGUGAGUUAAAAGCUAUGGCUCUGCCUGGAGGCCGAGGCGACACGGCCACUUUAAGGUCCGCUAAAAGCGAAGAGUCGCUGAGUUCACUGCACAAUGUUGAAGGAGAGUCCAAGGUGUACCGUCCUCGACGUCCUCGCUCCAGCAGCGAUGCUCUGUCAGCAUCCUUCAACGGAGAGCUGCUGGACAGCCGGCAGCACUGCAACUCCUACGAUAACCUUGACGCCACAGAGGACAGUGACGGAGACGACGGGCCCAUAUGUGUGCCUGCUCUCAUCUCUCCUCCCCGCUCAGCAGGCGAAGACGUGGACCUCAGCCCGCCAGACAUCGGCAUGGCCUCCUUAGACUUUGACCCCAUGUCUUUCCAGUGCAGUGUGCCAGACACCACCUUUGCCUUUCCCGUGGAGGACUCAGCAGCUGGUGCUGAGGGCUCCACGCUAAAGAGGAGCCCCGGCAGCAUCCGCGGCAAGAGCAACGCCUCGGACCUCAUCACUGCCUCCUUCCCCGGCAGCACGACCUCGCCGCUGUUGUCUGCAGACUGCAGCCUGGCUGCUGCAGAAAAGGCAGACAGCAAGAGACUGACCACUUCUUACUCCUACAGCGACAAACCCAUGCAGGCUGUGUCGCCUAUUAAAUGUGGAAAGGCCAGCAGUCUGACACCGUUUGCCACUUCAGAGCUUUUCUCUCCAGAGAUGACUGACAGGAACGGAGCUGGACAGCAUGUGGCCAAGCAGCCCUUAUCUCCUCCUUCCAUGGCCAAGGACUCGCCUCCCCUGACGGGCAGCGCGCUGCUCAGGGGGGGCGAGCCGUCACUCACUGAAGCUUUUCAAAGGGAGCUGCACUCUAAGCUAGCAACCUUUGAGUCUUUGGACAGUAAAGACCUUGGAGUGGAGGAUGCCGGGGAGCAGGAGUCCUGUGCCAGCAGCCAGGAGCAUCAAGGAGUCCUAAUUCCAGACUCUUCAAAGGACCUCACCCCUCGUUCCCUCAGCUCUACAGCUCCCACUUCUGCCCCUCCUCCCCCUCCACCCCCUAAAAACGCCGCCCGCAUGUUGGCCCUCGCUCUGGCUGAGUCGGCCCAGCAGAACGCCGUUCUGACUCAGUCCCGGUGCUCCGGGCCCCCCACCCUGGUGUCCUCUGUCCAGCCACAGGAGGUCUCAAACGUUCAAGAAUCGUCACAUGCACCAGCUCCACAGUUCCAGACGCCGUCUGAGGAAGGGGAGGGAACAAGAAGUUCCCCCCCACCAGUCGGCACCACCGUUAUCACCAGCUCCUCUGAUCUGACCACUUCCAGCCCAUCAACCAGCCUGCAGCCUUCACAGUUCACCAGCAGCACCACUAAGCCAUCAGAGACCACCAGCUUCUCUGCAGCCCUGUCCAGAACUCAGCCAGAGACACACGCCUCCCCACCCAACACUCCCCUUCACAAAUGCUCCCAGCUGCCCAGCUCCACCAGCCUGACCUCUCCGACCAGGAGAAGUCCUGAAAGGCAGCAAGCGGCCUCCAGACAGGCCCCUGGUCACAGCAGCUCACCUGGCGGCGCUCCAGCCACGGCCCCCAGAGGCAACAGCAAAGACGAGAGACCUUUACAGCAAUCUGCUUCUCAGAUCAAAACCGAGGAGUCUCCAUCACCUCCAGUCUUUCCAAAACCAUCAGAGCAACCUCCCCCACCAGCUCAGAAACCCAUUAAGCAGCCGGUCUCUCUUCCCCAGAACCAACCACAGACUGUGGUGCAGAACCAGGUUCAAACACAGCCUCGUCUUCCACCACAGCCUCAAUCAGUUUCCCAGACACACAUCCAUCCACAGGCCCACCCGUCUAAAGCCAGCGCCAGAAUAGCCCCCACCUCAGCCGAACCUGCUGAGAAGCCUUGGGAAGCCAUUAAACCUGUACAGCCAUGUAAAGAGUCAGCCAAACACGAUGACUCGUAUGGACCCACGCCUCCUGUUCCCCCAGUCCGCACCCUGGAGAGCAAACUGGCCACAGCAGCUCUCAGCCAAAGUGAAGCUUCCUACCAGAUCUUCAGUGAAGGCCCUUCAGCGAGCCACCUGGCAGAGGUCCUUCCUCAUCAUCCUCCUUCUCCUCGUAAACCAUCCUCACACCAGCCUGCCUACCUUUACCACGUUAAAGGGGAGCCGGUCCUCAUCGAUGCUCCGGGAGCAGCGUAUUACCACCAAAGGUCCGUCCCUCUGGGGCCGCAGUCCAUUCCUCACCAUUACCGACCAGAGAGCGUCGCUCCACAUUCCUACGUUUCCAAGUCUGAACCUCAGAUCACUUACAGCGCCCGAGCAGACAACAGAUACAGCACUUUGGGUCCAAGGUCGUACCACCACUCCAUGAAGUUGAGAGGAACCCCCCGAAGUGUGCAUGUUUCUCCAGGUCCAGAUCUCCAGGGCUAUAGCCAUGACAGAACCCACGGCUAUCCCACUAUCCGCAGAGUGCAUUCCUUCCACGUUCCUUCCACCAUUCGCUCUGUUCCCAUCCAAAGGACUGAAGUUCCACCAGAGGACGACAUGUUCUACUACCAGCGGCCCGUUUAUCCGUGCAAAUCCUACCAGCAGCCUCCUCAGCAGUCCUCCCAGACUGACUACCACGUCACCCAGCUGCAGCCUUACUUUGAGAACGGUCGGGUCCAGUACCGCUACAGCCCGUACUCCGGUUCAGGCACGCUGGAAUCACCUUUCUACGACAUAGACCCCUAUGGCACAAUCCGAGUCAGGCACUUCCACUCUUACGGGGGCCGGGAUGCUGGCGCGCCGGUGGGGCGACCAGGUGGGAAGGCGGCCGGCUACCACUACCUCUCCCGCCACGUCCUUCCUCCUGGGAAGGAGCAUAGCUUUGUGAGCAGAGACAUGCCCCCAGGUCAUGGCAGCAAGGACGCUACCGUUUUCCUGCCCUGGGACCAGGAGGAGGCAGAAAGGCUUCGCAUGCACUCCAUCCGUAGGGAGAGCAGGGCCAGACUUAAGCUGAGAGGUCCCGUCCUCUCACAGUACGAUAAUGUUGGUCUUUUUACACCAGCAGAUAUAUCAGCCUACGAAACCUUGCAUCUGCGGAGCAAGUCUGACCCUGGUAAAGCUGUGCUGGUACCUGCAGAGGGCAAAGAUGGACGCUACCUCCCCAGACACAUGGUGUCUGAUCCCGAUGUGCUUGUGUACAUGGAGACUGACAAGCAUGUCCACGGUGGCGCAGUGGGGGACAAGUCAGAUGUUCUCUCUAAGCAAAGUGUUUCCAAGAAAUGCCAGUCUUCUCACUCCCUUCCUGCCUCUCUGAGCCACAACGCAUCUCAUCAGCCAGACAGCGGCCGACACGAGCUCAAAUACGAGAGUGGAGAGGACAAGCUCUGUGGAGACGGCAGCAGGUCCAAACACCGUCAGGAGUACGGCAACAAGAAGAACUUCCAACCCCGGUACGACUGCCCCGAUUCUGACCACCACCACAGCAAACUCAGACCGUCUAGUGGCUACCACGGCACAGACGAGCCACCUCUCCGGGACCAUGUGACGCGCUCUAAACCUGAGCGAUCCCACAGCGUCCGAGAAGAACAGCACUUCAACCAGAGCAAGCCAGACCUGGACAGGGACUACACCUAUCAGAAACUCAGCCCCAAACCGGCGCAGUCCCACUACGACAACUUGGACGACUACCACCCGGUACCCCCGCCUCAGGCCCCUGUCCAGAAACAUGCAGGCUCCAGCUUAUACCCGGCCCCGGCUCUGGCGGUAAACCCCAGCAGCAGGGCUUACUCCACAGCACUGGGCCAGGGAGCCUUCAUCCAGACUGAGCUGGCCCUGCAAAGGCCGGAGACAGAGGUCCGCACAGAGUGAAGCUUUGUGGUGGGGAGGGGCGUGUCAGGCUCUAACUGUGCAGAGGGAUGGGCGAGCAGCCUCUGCAGGACAGUGGACUGCUAGAACCCUAAUAUUUUUGCUGUUCUGUAUUUUUAAUAAAUUGUAAAGAAUAUUGCAAGACUUUUUACAGCGAGUCCUGAAUGUACCUGAAAUUAUUGUCCAUGAGGUCACGGUAUUGUGAUUGAUUGAGACUGUAGCCAAUAAAUGUACAUAAGAAAGACGUACGGUACUUUUAACAGGAACCCCAAAAAUGUAAAUAUAUACUAAAUAUAUAUAUAUAUAUAUAUAUAAAGAGAGAGAGAGAGAUAAAUAUAUGUCUAGAAAUGAAAUCACUAGUAAAAAAGGGAUUUUUAGUUUAGUUUGUGGAUUUUUUUAGGUUUGGCGCUGGGAUGAGAAUCAAGUGGAGCUAAGGUUUGCAUUUUAAAAAUGCAUGUUCUCUGGUACAGAUCAGUUCUAUGUCGAUCUCUUGUGUUCUGUCUGGAUGCUGCAGCACAACGUAAGGAGGGGGGGGGGGGUGAUUAGGUCAUCAACGCCUCCUGGCACCAACACAACAAGAUGGCUCCGUGUCCAUGUUGGCUUUCACCAGUGGAAGAUUUGAUAUGGAGCUAAACUAGGGGACUUGGGUUGUUGCCGUGGUUUCCAGUGUCUCUCUGUUACUGUGCCAUUUUUAGGUAACGUUGCUCUAAACUGUUUUCAGUGACUUUUAUUGGAAUCUUUCGGUACUUGUGUGUUUUUUGUUGGAAGAGGGACCAAAGACACGGCACAGUUCUUGCACAUAUGAGAUAAAGAUUGCAAGGUGAAUGAAAAUUGUAGCUUCUGGAGUAUAAAAGGCUGGUUUUGUUUGUGUUUUUCAUUUUAUUUGUGGUUGUACUUUCAGGUAGUGGACUAAUUGAAUAAAGCUGAAAAAAUGUCUUCUCAUAUAACAUGAUGAAAAAUGUUGCCGCUGCUUUGUGGGAAACCAACGUGUUGAUGAGCCUUAAAUGUAGUUCCUGGAGAUCGUAAGUUGUUUACUGAAACUGUUAACUCCAGAGAUGAUUUUCAACACAUCAGAGCAGGUUGAGUUUUAUUAGUCUUAUUGGUUUGGUUUUAACAUAAUGGGGAUAUGGGUUUUCAUAUUACUUUUUUUUUUUCUUCAUAGCGUCAUCUUUUUCAGGCUAGCGAUAGAUGUAUAGUACAUCCAUCCAUUACUGUAAUACAAGGCCUUCUGGGUCAGCAUAAUGGAUGGAAUACAGUAUAAAUCCAAUAGGUUUAAAUCCAGGUGUACUCUAACAGUUUAACUUCUAUAUUGCUUGCAGGUUUUGCCCCUCUUGCCUUAUCUAAAGCCUCUACCUUCUCAGAUGGGCUCUUACAGUAAGGCACUGUGUACUUGAAUGUGAAAAAACUCAUUUCAAACUGGAGGAGUCUAAAGUCAGAUAUAAAAUAAAGGUGUUCAGGAAUUAA